AUGGCUAGUUACCUAGUCGGACACGGUUUUAGAAUGGCGUCUUCGUCUUCUGGAACUAUGGCAACGCCGCCGUCGUCACCACCACGCUCCCCAACACUUCGUGCUGAACUGCCAGAAGAUGUGGUUGAACCUUCGACAUUGUACAAGAUAAUUAUGACGCCACUCAAUUUCGCGUCGUUCCUGGUAUCACUCAUUCUUGUCGACAUCUACUACUCUCGGCUGCGGAUGCACACACACGCCGAGUCCCGAAGUAGAUUACCAAACUGGUUGCACGAUCUUUUGUACCAGAAAGACCCGUAUGAAGACGUGCGGCAGAAACCAGGUGGCGUCCAUGAGCCGUGGUACUAUCACAGCAAACAAAAGAAGCUCAUGAAGAUGGAAGCUGAGGAUGCUUUCCGGCUUCGCAGCACAGUGCUCGUGGGGCUCGCUGUGGUCGCGGCGGCUGGGACAACAGCGGCUCUACCCUCCAAUUCAUAUCAUUGUUAG